AUGUCUCGGCAAAGAGGAGCAAAGCGCCAUCGUAAGGUGCUGCGCGACAACAUCCAAGGCAUCACCAAGCCGGUUAUCCGUCGUCUGGCCCGCCGUGGUGGUGUGAAGCGCAUCUUUGGAUUGAUCUGCGAGGAGACUCGUGGUGUGUUGAAGGUGUUCUUGGAGAACGUGAUCCGUGACGCCGUCACAUACACCGAGCACGCCUAG